UGCGCAGCCCUUAACACCAGCGAAAUUAGCAGCAGAAUAGCCUUCCCAGGCAGUGUUGCAUACAAAGAGUCCAUCCGUUCCUACUACUCCUUCAACGCCCGGCUACACCCUACCUGCAUUGUUCAACCUCUCUUGGCGCAAGAUGUUUCUGUUGCUGUUCGAACACUGACCACUUCGCAUGUUGGGCCUUGUUUCUUCGCCGUCCGUAGUGGUGGCCACACGCCGACUCCCGGCGCGGCAAACAUCGAGCCUGGAGUUACUAUUCAUCUCUCGUUGAUGAAUCAUACUACUUAUGGCCCCAGCACAGGCACUGCUUCAAUUCAAGCCGGAGCCCUCUGGGGCGUAGUGUACGAGACUUUGCUAGAGAGUAACGUCACAGUUGCGGGUGGCCGUGUAGGGCCCACCGGCGUCGGGGGCUUUCUGACCGGCGGAGGGCUUUCGUUAUACAACGCGCGUGUUGGUCUCAGCUGUGACAAUGUCCGAGGCUUCGAGGUGGUCUUGGCGAGCAGCGAGAUUGUCUAUGCUAAUUGGCACUCACAUCCCGACCUUUUCAAGGCCCUGAAGGGGGGCUCCAAUAACUUUGGCAUCGUGACUACGUUUGAUAUGGAUAGCCUGCCUGCGGAAGAUCUAUGGGGCGGCGCUCUUGUCUAUAAUAUCUCUCGCGCUCCGGAGUACAUCGCUGCCGCGACCGAUUUCACCGAUAAUAUCGCCACCGACCUUUAUGGCGCAUGGUAUGGCAUCUUCAAUUACAAUGCCACCACAGGUCGAACCGAUAUUGUCGCUACGUUGGCUUACACGAGACCCGUGAUGCGGCCUGCAGUGUUUCAGAAAUUCUAUCAGAUUCCUAACAUCACGGAUACGACCCGGAUCUCGACGAUUGUGGACCAGACCAGAUAUACUUAUACAUCUUAUCGCGUCGACGGUCAAACAAGCACUUAUCUCAACAGAGCCGACGUUAUCCGUCAAGCCGUCGAGACCCACUCAAAGCAGAUCCGGAGGGCAAAAUCUCGAGCCCGCAGCAAGGACUUUGGAAUUAUCUUAGUGGUGCAGCCCUGGGUCCCUCUUUUCUGGAAGGACAGCGAGGCGCGAGGAGGGAACGUGCUUGGAUUGGAACGUUUCCAUGAAAAUAUGCUCAGUGAGUUAUAUCGCCUUCUACCGCCCAUCAUCUCGUCCCGCUCCUGUCAUACCAUGUUAAUGCAUACUGAUCAUAUCGUUAUCAGUUAUGCCGGAGGCACCCAGGACCCGCUUCGUGGGUAUGGACCGGUCAAUGUGAGAUUCAUGCAGCAGGUGGCCAGAAAGUAUGAUCCCGAGGAAGUGUUCCAGCGUCUGGUCCCGGGCGGCUUCAAGCUCUCCCGAACUCUUGGACUGGGUUGAUUGGGGGUUUCUAGGAUCAGAAAUUGCUCAAACGAG